AUGUCGCCUAAGGGGUUAGGGGAUUUACUGGCGGAGUAUGUCAGGAGCCGCGGAGAGCACAUGGACGACGAACAAUAUCAGCAAUUUUUAGAGAAAGACAUUGUGUCGCUGCUGGAAGAAUUUAUGACGGCCAUGAUGGACAUGGAUUUAGAUUCGUAUGCGCAGAUCUGCGACAAUACGCAUUGGCAACAUCCAGAGGAUGCUGCGCAGGAAAACCCCAAACCACGAGAGAUGAACAACAUAGGGGAAAGAGUUAAGUGCAGACUUAUGACAGGAGCACUGUAUUUUUUGAACGGGUGGGGAAUAACAUUACAUGGCAGUGAAGGCAUAUUUUCGAGUGACGCAGCACUCAAGAAGUACAUCAAGUGUGCAAUAGUCAAUAUGUUAACACAUAUAUUAGAUGAAUACACAUGUGGCACGAAGUGGGGUACAUAUUAUGCGUGGUAUACAAUGGAGAAUUAUAUGCAGCACGUACGCGGCAAUGCGGUGGCACAAGGAACUUGUCGGAAAGGAAUGUUUGAGGAUAUUCAGAGGGGACCAUGGUCAAUGAGUCAAGUGAUUCAUGAAUGGUUCCAGAAAGAGAAGAAGGCAUUACAGAAAAUAGGUGGACCAAGCAUAAAGCAGAAAUGUGAAAGGGAUAUAAAACGAAAUAAUCUCCAAGAUAAAACGGGUAGCACGCAGGUUUAUGACAGUACCACCCAGGUUGUGCAGACACACAUAGAGCAGAGAUUAAAAGCAGGAUUGAAAAAUAUAAUAGGAAAGGUUAAAAAAGAGGUCAAGAAAAAAAUAAAAGAAUUAAGGGGAGAAAGUGCACACAGCGCCGCCCCGGAGGACGACAACGAUGAUGAAAACGACGAUGACGAAGAUGAUGAUGAGCAGGAGGACGUGAAUGGUAAGAAGUGUAAAGCAACAGAGUGCUACUAA